AAAACAGAUCUCUCAGUUACAGUGUAGCUGCUGUGAUAACAAUAUAAUAUACAGCAUAGCAGCACCUUCCUGCUUCACAUUGUUUGUGCUGCCUUGUUCUUAACAUGUGCACUACAAUCUGUGUUUAAUAUCAACAUGGCAAGUCAAGCAACAUUUCCCAAAACCCAAACAAGUGUGCAUGAAAUUGAUCAAAUGCUGAUGUUGUCAGGAGUUCCUCUGGUCUAUGAGUCCUUCAACUGGCAGCACGGAGUCUUUGUUGGAGCAGCCAUGAGGUCAGAGGCCACGGCAGCUGCUGAGCAUAAAGGAAAGGUCAUUAUGUAUGACCCCUUUGCCAUGCGUCCAUUCUUCGGUUACAACUUUGGUGACUACCUCGCUCACUGGUUGAGCAUGGAGCGCAGGAAGGCCCCCACUCAUUUACCCAAGAUCUUCCAUGUUAACUGGUUCAGGAAGGACCCCGCAUCUGGCUCCUUCCUCUGGCCCGGAUUUGGUGAAAAUGCCCGCGUGUUGGAGUGGAUCUUCAAGUGCUGCGGCAGGGAGAGUGAGGAUGAAGCAGCCAAGAAGAGCAUUAUCGGCUGGCUGCCAGUAGAUGGCGCCGUCGACACUAAAGGUCUGAGUGGCAACGUGGAUAUGGGUGCUCUGUUUGACGUGCCUGUUCCUUUCUGGCAGAAGGAGACAAAAGAGUUGAGAGCUUACUUCACUCAGCAGGUUGGAGCUGAUCUGCCAGCUCAGGUGGAGGCUGAGCUGAAGGCUCUGGAGGACAGAGUACACAAUUAAAAACCUACUAACAUGAAGUCCAUCCAGAAACAGGGAGGUGGUCACUGACUCAACAUUUAGACCAUCAGGGUGCAACCAGAGUCACUGGCUGGGUUCACAUACACAGAGAAGUUAACAUUUGAAGGGAUUCAGUUCAGGAAAAGUGAGACAGAUGUUCUUUCUCUGUGAACACAGUCAGUGAUUUUAGUGAAAAUAAUCUACGAUGCAGAUCCUACACAUUGACACUACUUGACAUGAAUGCUGCAUCACUGAGGGACAGGUUUGCUUUGCAACAUGAAGGUUAGAUUUGUUUGUAGUUGUUAAACUUGUCAUUAAGAGAAGCAUAUGUCUACCUCUAUUCUCUCACAUAACCUGGCAUGGUCCUGAAGCCCAGUCAACCUGGCUCUGUAGGGCCUUUGUGACAUUUAGCAAUACAGUUUCUAGGCCUCUAAUGUUUACAGGCUAAUACCCAAAGAUUUAGCAAAAUUCUGACAGAGAUGGAUGAGUUUUUAACAUUUUAUUUACAAAAUGAUUUCAAAUGAAUUUUAAGCAUCAGUUGUUUAAAGAUGCUUUAUUAAAAGUUUAACAGAACGCUCUUAAUAUUCACAUAUACACAAAAUAAAAAGUCCUGUAAGUAGUCAAUAUAUUAAUUCAUGUGCCCAACGAAUACUAUGCAUAAUCCAUUUUGCCACUUUUGUAAUGUUUGUGAUUCAAUUCCUUGAUUUCAGGUGAUGUUUACACAUAAAUAUAAAAUGUUGGACCAAUAA